UGCUACUGAUGCUGCUGCUGCUGAUGCUGCUGCAGCCGUUUGACAAUUCCCCACCCAGAGAGAGCAGGGAAGAAGGGAGGAGAUCAGAGCAAGGAGGAGGAAGGAGUAAGCGACACCUCAGUCAAGAUGCUCCUGUGCUAGCCAACACACACGAAAGCAAAGCUCCAUGCUGCCUUGCAGGAGAAAAAUCGUCUGAACCUUGAGCUGAUCAACCAACACCUGAAGACGUCCAAGUAUGACCAGGUGCGAUCAGACUAUGACCAGCUGAGACAGACCUUUGCUGUAGUGAGCCAGGAGAGAGACGUGGCCCAGCAGCAGAGGAGCCAACUCCAAAGCAAAGUAGAGAACCUGGAACAGGUUCUAAAGCAUAUGCACGAGGCUGUAGAGCUGAAGCAGCAGCUGCAGAUAGAGCAUGAGCAAGCCUUGGUGGCCCUUCACACCAAGCAGAAGGAGAUCAAUCAACUGCAAAAGGUCAAGGUUCGUGACCUGGAGCAGAAAUGCAGGUCACAGAGUGAACACUUCCACCAGCUGUCCAACGAGCUGCUGAAUUUCCGUCUGCAACCAGAUACUGUGGACAUCCUUAAAAUUAGUCCCACUUCCGCAUCCCAGAUCCCGCUCUCAUCAGAGAAGAAACUCUCACAAGUCAUUGUUGGAUUUGAGGACCAGACAGAGACAGGCGAUGAGAGCGCGGCAAACACGCCGCUACUGAUCUCCCAGUUCUUGCCCUGCACACCACAGACUGGAGACAGAGAAAGACCAGAACUGCUGUCUGUCAAAUCCAGCACUGUGACAACGGACCGCCCAAACAGCCCUCGACAGCGGACCCCCUCAGAGAUGGAGGAUGAGGCCAGCCCAUCACCCAGGUCCAAGCCUCGCUACACAGGCCAGGUCCGCCUUUGCACUGCCCGAUACAGUUACAACCCUUACGAUGGACCAAACGAGCACCCUGAAGCAGAGCUCCCCCUCGUGGCUGGAAAGUAUCUGUAUGUGUAUGGAAACAUGGAUGACGACGGCUUCUAUGAAGGGGAGCUGCUGGACGGCCAGCGAGGACUUGUUCCUUCCAACUUUGUGGAAUUUGUCCAGGACAAGGAAAAACUAGCGAUUCAGUCUGGGGAGGGCGGGGAAGACCUGGGCCCACUGGACCAUAUGCCUCUGGCCUUGACAGCUGUGGAUGGAGGUGCCUCCCAGGACGGCCUCCUGGGCUCAUGUAACGCCUUGGUUCCCUGUAGCAAUGGGACAGGAGGGCCCCUGGACCCUGAGGACCUGGCUGAAGACGUCGUGCCUUAUCCCCGAAAGAUCAACUUGAUCAAGCAGCUGGCACGGAGCGUCAUCGUGGCCUGGGAGCCUCCACUAGUGCCUUUGGGCUGGGGGAACAUCUCUGGCUACAACGUGUUAAUAGAUGGGGAGCUCCGUGCCAGUAUAGCGUACGGCGGCCGGACCAAGUGCUUGCUGGAGAAGCUGGACCUGGACGGCUGCGUGCACCGUGUGUCAGUGCAGAGCGUCACUGACCGGGGCUUGUCAGACGAGCUGCGUUGCACCUUGCUGGUGGGGGCCAACGUCGUGGUGGCGCCCUGCGGCCUCCGGGUGGACGACAUCCAGCGCGACACUGCCGAGCUCUCCUGGUUGCCUAGCAACAGUAACUAUGGCCACACUGUGUUCUUGGACGGGGCAGAGCACGCAGUGGUGAAGCCGGGAAGGUAUAGACUGCGCUUCAUCAACCUGAAGCCCCUGACGGUGUACAAAGUGACAGUGGUGGCACAGCCGCACCAGGUGCCAUGGCAACUGCCGCUGGAGCAGAGGGAGAGGAAGGAAGCCGGUGUGGAGUUCUGCACGCAGGCUGCAGGUCCAACACCAUAUUGCAGAGCAGGCCCUCCUCAGCCUCCCCAGGAUGUACAGGUGCUCUGUGGGCAGGCUCCAGGGGUGCUUCAGGUCCGCUGGAAGCCCCCCCUCCUCUCUCCAACGGGCACAUCUAAUGGGGCAAAUGUCGUUGGCUACGCAGUCUGCACGAAAGGACAGAGGAUAGCGGAGGUGUUGUACCCAAUGGCAGACUACGUUACUGUCGAGCUGACAAGGAUUCAGUGCCUGGAGGCCAGGGAAGUCAUCGUCCGGACGCUGUCAGUACAGGGAGAAUCCCAGGACUCCCAAGUCGCCGUCAUUCCAAACAACCUCCUCGUGCCUCUACCUGCGCUUCCCCUGCCGCCGACGAUGCACCCCCACGCAGGCCCCCCUCCGCACCCCCACGCUCAACCCCACCUCCAAUCCCCUCACCUUCCUCACGCCACACCCCAGCUCCCCGCUCCACCCCAGGCACUCGGACAACCGCUCCCACCCCAUCCUCCUCACCCUCAACCCCACCCUAGACUCCCUCACCCGGGCGGACCCCCGCAACCCCAGCUUCGACCCCCACACCCUCAGCCCCAGCAUCUACACCUUCAGCCUCACCCUCCCCACCAAGGUCCCAGGCCCCAGCACCAACUGCCUCUGCUCCCCCACCCCCAGCACCACCCUAUACCUCAGAGACCAGUAUGUGCCAGAGACCUGGAUGCCAAAGAGCACGCAGCCCAACACGGGGGAGCCAUUCCACCCGGCCAGCCUGGCUGGGACCCCACACGCUCUCCCUCCUCCCAGCCUCCUGUGCCCAUGCAAGGCCACACUCUCGAGGCCCCUCCCCUUCCCAAUCCACGCUCCCCAUCCCCACAGAGGAUUCUCCCGCAGCCCCGAGGCACGCUCAUCCCGGACACCGUGGCCAAAGCCAUCGCCCGAGAAGCAGCGCAGAGGGUGGCAGCAGAAAGCGGCAAGGGGGAUCGGAGGCAGGGCAGAUACGGAGAGCAGGGUCGUUCAUUUCACCAGCAUCACUCUGAUGAGGAGGAAGAAGAUGAAGAAGGGUUUGCACGCGGCCGUCGGAGAGGACCCUCAGUCGACGAGUUCCUCAGAGGCUCUGAGCUGGGGCGGCCGCCUCACUAUAGUCACAAUGAAGAUUAUCACAGCGAGAGCAGCCGGGGCUCUGACCUGUCUGACAUCAUGGAAGAGGAUGAGGAGGAGCUGUACUCUGAGAUGCAGCUGGAAGAGGGACGUCGACGCAACUCGCACAACACACCCAAGAGCAACACUCCAGCUGGAGGCCGUCAUGACCGGGAGACUGGGAGAAGAAUUCAUCAUGGCGGUCCCCAGCCUCAGAGACGACCUCUGAUGGUCCCCUCUAUUGAGGUAACCUCUGAGAAUAACAGUGAGGGAAACCCCGUCACCGAGGAUGUUUACUAUGGCAGAGUAGCUCGGCACAAGACGUGGCCUUCCCGCAGGCACAUGGGCGGCACCAGGUCUCCCCAUGAUGGCUACAGGGACCGGGAUCGCCGCUCUCCCACGUACUACGACGAGUCAGAGCCUGAGGAGUCCUUCCGGAUCUUUGUGGCCCUCUUCGACUACGACCCUCUGUCCAUGUCCCCCAACCCAGACGCAGCUGACGAGGAGCUGCCCUUCAAAGAGGGGCAGAUCAUUAGGGUGUAUGGUGAUAAAGAUACAGAUGGGUUUUACAGAGGAGAGGUGAGGGGCAGGAUGGGGCUGAUCCCCUGCAACAUGGUGUCAGAGAUCCGAGCGGAGGACGAGGAGACCAUGGACCAGCUCAUUAAACAGGGCUUCCUGCCACUCAGCACCCCUGUGGACAGAAUAGAGCAGAACAGAAGAGGCCUCCGUCGAGACCAGGCCUCGAGGAGGAUGGUGGCUCUGUACGACUACGACCCCCGAGAGAGCUCCCCUAAUGUUGAUGUCGAGGCUGAGCUGACCUUCUGUGCUGGUGACAUCAUGGCUGUGUUUGGAGAUAUUGAUGAAGACGGAUUCUAUUAUGGUGAAAUCAAUGGCCACCGCGGUCUGGUUCCCUCUAACUUCCUGGAAGAAGUGCCUGAUGACGUGGAGGUGUAUCUGACCGAUACUCCGUCCCACUACCCCCAGGAAGAGCCUGCCAACCGGCCCCCUGCCAACUCUGCCGCAACCGUCUCAGAGGGCAAACGGGUUACCACAGAAACCACAGACACGGUCGACAAUGACGCCGCACCCAUUCGAGCGCCAUCCCCGAUCGUUCGGCCCCUCCUCCCGGGCACCAUGAGACCCCUCAGCCCUACGAGGGGCCCCCACCUCCCAGUGGAGCCUCGGGACCCCCGGGACCAAGAUCUGGCCAACAAGAAGAAGAAGGGACUACUUUCCAAGGGGAAGAAGCUGCUGAAGAGACUCUCCCCCGUGAAGUAAAAGAAAAAGCAUACAUGUACAAUACGUGCACAUGCCGGGCUCUGUAUAUUGCAUCCAUACAAUCAACUCUGAUCCAACAACACAUGACAGAGAGGAUGUGAGCUUUGCCUCCUGGACUGCGUGAGCCUAUUUUACUAUAACCAGUCAUACAGUUAUUCAUGUGCGGUGAUGGAUACAAAUCAGCUAAAUUAUGUACAGUGCAGUGCCAAAACCGAGAGAGACAGAGAGAGGUCACCUGCAGACACAAAAACAUAUUACUGUGAUGUAUUUUAAAUCAACGGAUGACUAAAAAAAAACAAAAAAAAAACAAACUAGGAUUUUCAUGACAUGUGUUUUCUCUUCUUUUUCAUUAACGAAGAAACGAUUCAUUUGUUUCAAGCAGGGUAGCUGUGGAAACAAAGCAUCUGGUUACACCUAAGUUUCUAACUAGCUUUUUUCUCAGCCAAAAAAUAAAUAAAAAAUUGUGGAGUACUGAUGUCACCACAAGGAAACAGAGACCAUACUCCUCUAAGAAGAUCUCAAAUAGACUACACUGUUAUCGAGGCAUUCUGUGAAGUAAUGCUGGCUGCUAACACAAAGGCUUUAUUCAGUGCAAUAUCAUAGAGAGGCGGUAGCAUACGCGGGAAGAAAAGAAACGUUUCCACUUGUACCUGUGAUCUCAGCAGAGUGGAGUUUUUCUGUGAUGAAAGGAUUUUAAAAAACAACAGCAGAUUGGCAACAGGGCAUUAAUGUCAGAGACACCGAGCGAGCUUAGCUGUCUCAGUGGCCUUUAUGAAAACAAUACAAGUGUGACAUUCCUCGUUUGAUUACAAGCUUGAUUUACACCAGUUUGUUUUUUUUCUGUUCUAUGACGGGUCGCUUGUGCUUUGUCAUUUUCUGAAAAUGAAAUAAGAGCCGAAAUGUUUGUUGUCCUUGCUGUCAAACUGUCAUGAAACGCCUAGUUCAAGACAAAGUUUUGUGUCUGUCUUCCUAUUGCACAAAGGUGGGUGUUUUGAUUGGUGAAAGACAUGUUUUGUGUGCCUGUGUGUGUAUGGGCAGUAUGUGACGCAUUCAUGAUUGCACCUUUCAUGUUUCUUGUUCACUUAUGCUUUGUUUUGUUUUUCUGAAGGAGAGGCCAUGUUGUUAUUGGUCGUGUGAUUUAGUGAUGUGCUGCUACCUCCAUCGCCUGUGCACUGUUCAGUUCUGUCGUCUCACGCUGAUAUAGAGGGCCACGUCGAAGCCUCGUAGAAAUUACAAAUCAGAAUAUUCAAGCUGUGCAUUGUUCACUGGUUCUGUUUCAUCUACCUGAGGUCUGUGGAGAGAAAUCACAGUCACAUUUAUGCUCUACAUAACUCGUACUUGCGGUACACAAGGACUAUACAUACCAAGUCAACAUGUUACACAGCUUCUACACAUCUCAAAGGGGAUCUGAUACAAAACAGAUUUUAACUUUAUCCCUGUGAUCUUGGAUAAUAUAACAAUUUAUGAAAUAAGCACAUGAACUCAAAGAGUCUAGAAACAAUUAUCGGUAAUUCCAAUAUUCUGUUGUUGCUCCAUUUAGUUUGUUGACUCACUGAUUGUUUUGUAUAUUUAAUCAAGUCUUCUAAAACAAACAAACCUAUUUGCAUAAUGCCACUAAAAGAUUUGCACCAGAAAAUGUAAUCAGAUCAGUGGAAACUACUUAAUAUCCUGCAGGCUGCCACACUGACUGUGUGUGAAUUCAUUUUCUCAGUCAUUGUCAGAGUAAAAAAAACACUCUUGUGCACAAGACGGAUCAGUGAGUGAAUCAGUGAGAAAAUACAAAUGAGUCUGAAUUAAAGGUCCAGUGUGUAGGAUUUAGGGGGAUAUAUUUGCAGAAAUUGAAUAUGACAUUUCUUUAGUGUAUAAUCACCUGAAAAUAAGAAUCAUUGUGUUUUCAUUACGUUAGAAUGAGCCAUUUCUAUCUACAUAGGGAGUGGGUCCUCAUCUCCGGAGAUAGCCAUGUUGCACCACCAUGUUUCUACAGUAGCUCAGAACGCACAAACCAAACACUGGCACUAGAUAGGGCCUUUCGUGUUUUCCCAUUUUGCAUCAGCAAUUGAAGUUAGCAGCCCCUCAACAGUGAGAACACUGGAAAAACUCCUGAUUGUUUUAAAGUGAAACUGCUUUAUUCAGAAUUUGUAGUGGUUUAAAUCACCAGGUCUCAGCGGAUAAUUCGGCUCUUGGUUAAAAUCUCCUGAAAGUCUGGAUCUUAAGUUAUCAUAGAAAAAGUUCAUAGAAAAAAAUAUUUGUAAUGUGAAACUGCUUUAUUCGUUGUCCUUACCUGUGUAAAUCACCAGGGGUCUCAUUUAUAAAACAAUACGUAGGAUCCAUACUAAAAAUGUAUGUAAAAAAACAAAAUCAAAAAAUGGUGGGCGGCAAAAAUAUUCGACAACUCCUACAAUCAGGCUUCCACCUCGCCAUCUACAUCACCAAUUUCCCAUCUCCAAAAUGUUCACAGGCAUGGGUUAAAGUUUCUCCCGUUAAGUCUGUAUUGACAGAUAACAACUUUUCGCAUAGGAGGUAGUGUACACCUCUUUCAGGCCUCAUUUUGUUCAACACAGUGUUUAUGAAUGAGACCCCAGGUCUGUUUGUUUCAGUGAGGAAGAGACCUCUGCGGAUAAUUUGGCUCACUAUGAAAACCUCUUAAAUAUUUGUAUCUUAAGAUCUUAAGAUGCUGAGUGAGCUGCCUAUCUGCUACAUGCCAAACAGCAUAGGGGAAACACUGAUUUGUAACAUGAAACUGUUUUAUUCAGUGUUGUUACUGGUUUUAAUCACCUGUUUCAAUUAUUUUGGAGAGGAAGAGACCUCUGUGGAUAAUUCAGCUCUCAGUAAAAACCUCCUGAACAAUGAACACUGAAGGAAUCCUAACCGGGAGAAGUUUCAGCUGGUUGUAAUUUGCAAUCCUCACCACUAGAUGCCACUAAAUCCCCCUAAAUCUUACACACUGCUCCUUUCAGUCAUAAACUUUAUCUGACAUUCAGCAUACAUUUUCAACUUCCACUUAUUCUUCUGUGGCCAGACAAUUUCAAAUACAGUCUUUGAAAAGUUUACAAUGGAAAUCAAAUUCUAAAUGGAGGCACUAAAAUGUGAAAAGAAACCACUGACAAAGAUUAACGUGCUUCAAAGACAUUCAAACUGCACCGCUAACCUUCAGUGUCACCGAUCACAUUAUCUGAUGGCCCAAACACAACUCAACUCUGUCCAGCCUCAGUUUUUCCAAGAGAUAGUCAUUGUGUGUUUUACUUCUACAAGAUUAUAGAUUAAUACAUUGGAGUUUCAUAUUUUGAAAGCUACUACUAACUGGGAUUACGACGAGGAAUAAACAUUUUGUGUGCUGUGGAGGUCACUAAAAGUGCUCAAGAACUCACUUACUAACUGGAGGGACAGUAUGUCUCAGAGCUUUAAUAAAUUAAAAACUUCUACUCUCUCUGUUUAGUUUUAAAUAACCCUUCUAUCCUACUUAUCUGCGGUCGUUCCUCAUGUCAAGCUGCACUUGAGGGUUCACUGUCCUCAUUGUUUAUUGAUAUCAUUGAUUAAAUGCAGUGAUAAAAGAGGGUUUGCCAAAAUGGAAUGUAAGAAAAGUUUGGCUAGCAAUAGGUUUACAUGAUUUUUGUUCCAAAGCUGUUUCUGUAAAGUUUCUCACACACAAAGUCACAAAGUUGAAUUCACUGUCACAACAUGGUGUCCCAAUACCAAAUCAUUCACUUGUGAAUGGGUGUAUUGUCUCAAAAACACUGUAGCUCUUUUGUACUCUGAUCCAUUUGUAGAUGAUUUAUAAAUGUUUCUACUUGAUUUUACGACAGCCUUUUUGUUAGUGCACUGAGAUUCCCUCUCCCUGUUAACAGACUGCGAGCAUUCUCCAUAGUGUCCUUUGAGAUCAGAUGUAUCAGUCCACCGUAUGUGCUUGCUUUGUGAAUCAAAGGUUAAAAAAAAAGACAAAAAAAGAAAAAGAGAAAAAAUCAUUGGACAGUAUUUAUGGUGAUUACUUAUGUGUGGGUGUGCAUGUGAAAAAAAUACA